GUUUAUCAAGUCUGGGUCAGUUCUUCCUUCACUGCUGUUGUUAUUAAUAAGCAAGUUUAUAUAGUGCCAUUUUCACAACAAUAAGCUAUUGUGUUGGUUUUGUUUUCCUGUUAGGUGCAUUUACUUAGUUACUCCUAUUUCUAUGUCUUACUUCCUUUCCUCUUUUGUGGUUUCAGUCUGAUUUAUACAGAUGAUCUGGGAAUUUAAAGUGAAACUGAAAAGUAAAAUGCUGAGUCAGAGGCUGGAAAUAACUUUCCUUGUUUUAAGAUUGUUUUUGGAUCUAAAAGGAAUUAAAAUUAAGAGAAAGAUGUGUUAUUGUUUUAGUAUUCAUAAUUUGUUUAUGAUUACUAAAAGCUCCAUAUCGUCUUCAAGAAAAUAAUCUUGCAGUUAGAGAGAGAGGAUAUUACAAACUAUUUGACAGAAUGUUUUUCUAUGAGCUUCAAGAAGAGGAAGCUGGUAUGUUUUAUUGUUCGUGUGUUUCUUUAAAUUAAAAGAACACUUUUGUAGAAGGACAUCCUAACCCCAAAUAUAUCACAGUCCUGGAAUUACCUUCCCAUGGUGAGCGUGUUCGUUUUAAGCAGGAGCAGCUCUCAUCUUCAAAGUGAAUUCUCCUGAGCUUUGCCUGCUUUUAUCAUCUGGUGAACCUAUUUGAAUUAAAAAUGCCUAAGAGACUUGUCUGACAUCCAGAAAUUAUUGUUAGUUAUAAGGUUUAUGUAGAAUAUUUUUUGUCUUACUGGACCCAGGUGCGUGUCUGUGUUGUAUUCCCUCCAUUGAUCUCUGUUGCAGUGGGUCCUUCUAUAGUUCUGACCAGGGAGAAGUCUGCAGGUUGAUGAAGUGCUCAGUUGUGCUCUUCUGUAGACCUCACAUGCUUGAAUACUUAGCUGAACAGAUGCCAAAGUAUGAAGCAUCUCAAAAAUUGAUCUUAGGAAACCAAUAAAGAUAUAUUACAAAAUAUUAUUUAAAAACCAGUAGUAGGAAAAAAUAAUCCGGAUUUAUACACUUUGGAUGUAUGCAAAUAUCUUGAAGUACUAAUUAAUUUAUAAUGAAAUAGAAAACGUAGAAAGAUUUCAAAGAAAAAGUCAAGGCUAAUUUGUUGAGAGGUUGUUAAGUGGUAGUGUCAGGAAAGUGGAUUUAUUAGCUGGUGUGCAAUGAGCCUAUCCACACAUGCUCAGGGGGGAUGCUGCUUUUUUAUGGGGGAUUGAGCACUGCUGGAAGUUCUCACAAAUCAAGCACUGCAUUUAUGAAUUGAAUUCCCAAAUACAUAUCUAAUACAGAAGAAAAACCUACUACCUUCGUAAGGUUAAACAAUCCAUACUCUGUCAUCUGUUGGCUACUUUCCUGGCUGUCUGUGCUUCUGUGGGGUUAUUUUGUGGGUAUUCAGCAACCCUGAUGGUUGUUUGGGGAAUGUUCCUCUUUUUUUUUUUUUUUUUUUUUUUUUUUAAUCUGAUCUGGUCAUGUAAGAACAAGCUGAAAAGUUUUCCAAUUCCCAGUUCUCCAAGUGGAGCCAAUUCUCCUUGAUUAAUCAGAUAACAUUGCUGGCUAGGACAUGUUGCUGUAGUAGAAUCAGAAGAUCCUCUGUUUGUGUUGAUUAAGCACAGACAGUACCCCCCUGUUUUCCUAGAGAAGAUUAUGUCCAUUACCUGUAUUUUCCCAUUUGAAAGUUUCUAAAUAUCUAACAUAAUGUGGGUAGCAUUAUUAAAGGAGAGAAUAGCGUACACUCCCAGGAUCUAAAGCACACAGAUUUUAUACAUUGUAACAGGUGAAUAUUCAUACAGUUUCCAUGAGGUGCCCACCUGUUCCUAGAAUUGCUGUACAUAUUAAAAUCUAAUUAAAAUCUAAGGUGACAGGAUGAGGAGAAAUGGCCUCAAGUUGUGCCAGGGUAAGUUUAGGUUGGAUAUCAGGAAAAACUUCUUUACAGAAAGGGUUGUAAAUCACUGGAAUAGGCUCCCCAGGGAGGUGGUUGAGUCACCAUCCCUGGAUGUGUUUAAAAACCGUUUGGAUGUGGUGCUCAGGGACAUGAUUUAGUGGAGGGCUGUUAGAGUUAGGGUAGGAUGGUUAGGUCAUGGUUGGACUCGGUGAUCUUCAAGGUCUUUUCCAAUCUGAGCAAUUCUAUGAUUAAUGCUUCAAACGUGCUGUGUUAGUAUGGAUUUUUGGUGAGGGGGUCUUUGGUGGUCCUGAGGUUGCAUGGGGAGGUGUUAUCCAGGCAAAAGAUUGUGUGCUAGGCCAGAUCCCAUAGAUGGUCAGGAACUUAUUUACAAAAAAACAAGUCUGUUAACUAGGUUUCUGAUUAGCAGUUUAACCUUGUUAGGCUGCCUGUACUAUCAAUUUUCAGUUGAUAAUACAGCGUACCUCCUCGAGGCUUGUGGAAUGUUGAGAAUCUGCUGUUAGGCUCCAGAUGUCCCAUUUAUCUAGGAAGGAAAAAAAAAAAAAAAAAAAGUCAGUUUGCUGAGGAGCUUGAAUUAAUUGCUGAAGGCCCUGAAUUUAUUUCCAGGUAUCAGUGUUAACAAGAAAAAUAUGAGAUGUACUGUGGCCACAAGGAUUUUUGAACAAGUCUGAAGCAACUGACAAGUAAAAUGCCUGGGUUCAUUUCUUCGUGAACGAGAAGAAUAACUCAUUUUAGAGAGGUUAAGGAAGAAAGAGGGAUAAUGAAAGAGUGAAUGCAGGGAGAGAACUGCAAAUUCUUCCAAGCUGAAGAGAUUGUAGGAUUAUGAAAUGUGUUGAAGUCGUUGGGGGGGAAAAAAAAAACCCCGUGAGUGAUUCCCUACUUAUUCUUUCUAUUCUUGCUUCCUCCUCCCCCCUGCUACUCAUUAUGUCAGUACUGAUGUAGAAGGAAACAUUUGUUUUGGCUUUGAUGUGAAAGGAGGAGUUAUGCAUUGAAUGACUAGCUGAUACAUGUUUAGUGUGGGUGGGGAAGAACAACUUUCUUUUUCGUAUUCUUUGUUUGCAGAAAGGCUUGUGACUUGCAGGAGGUUUCAUGUAAAGGAACUUUAUGCCACUGUAUCUUAUUUUAACAGUACUGUCCUUUUUCGUUACGGUUUUUGUUUGCAUGUACUAUUUUUUUGAGCAUGUGUAUAGUUCUGUUAAAUAUAUUUGUUUGUCCCUAAUGAGAAUCUCUAUGAAGAGCAGCGCAACCUGUAGUGAUACUUUAAAAUGUUGGUGGGGACAAAGUCACCAAUACAAAGGAAGGUCGAAGAACAAACCUGGUGAACCUGAGAAGAAACAGGAUCACCUUGAUUUGAAGAUAGAGUCUAAAACCAUCCAAGAUAAACUCUUCUGUACUGUGCACCAGGUGGAUUCAGCUAUGUUGCUUGAAGUGGUUAAAUCCCUCAUUCAUGAUGGUUAUACAGCCUUGAUGGACCAGAGGUGUCACAGUGCUGAACAGAUGUUCUCACAAUUGUUGAAUAUUAUUGAUCCUUCAGAAUUAAAGCAAUUGAAUCUUCGUAUUAUUAAUUAUGUUGUAAUCAUCUAUGGACAUGCCACUUCUCUUCUUGGAAUAGGACAGCCUGAGGCAUUGAUGAAGGCUGAAGACCAGUUUAAAAGAAUAAUUGUACAUUACCAGGAAGAAAGAUUUGAUUGUCUGGCAUACUACGGAAUUGGAAAAGUAUACCUCAGACAAAACCGAUUUUCAGAUGCGCUCAAUCAGUUUAUGAAAUCACAAACCAUGAUUAAUCGUAAGAUUGUACCUGGAGUAUUAACUUGGCCCACGACAUCUCAGGUGAUUGAAGAAACACGAACAGAGAAUUUACAGUUGUUCUUAAAGAAUUGCAUUGAGGAAUGCAAGUUCCCUCCAGAACCAGAUGCAGUUUGUCGCUAUCAGCAUUGCCGUGGCAACUCCAAAAUCCAAAUAUUUUUUACAGAUCCAGACUUCAAGGGUUUUAUACGUAUUACUUGCUGUCAGCGGUGUAGAGUGGAGUUUCAUACCAGCUGUUGGAAAAAGUUGAAAACUGCAAACUACAGUGAUAAGAAUGACAAGGAUUUUCUUCAAGAAUUAUGUUUCACUCCUGACUGUACAGGCCUUAUUUCAAAAAUAGUUAUUUUCAGUUCUUCUGGUUUGGUGAAAUGUGAAUUUGAACAAAAGAUCAGUAAACCCAAGGAACCACCAAGAGCCAUCAUUAAACAGAAAUGUUCAAGUUUCAGGAAGUUAAAAAGGAAAGAAGAAAAAAAAAUACGAAGAAAACGUGCACGGGAAGAUGCACUGAAUUCUUCUAAACAGAAAAUAGAAGAAAAUCAGAUGCGAAAUGAACAGCCUCAGUACCGUAAUCGCAGUGAUUAUGCAGGUUAUGCUGGUGAUCAAGUCCUGCAGCGUAUCAUUCAAAACGCAGAGCAGAUAAAAACAGCUGUUCGUGAUGCCUCCAAACUGUUAAAGGAAUUACUUUCCUGGUUUGUAAUCAGUGAAGAGGCUUACGCAUCAUAUUGCAAAACUAGCAGCAAGUCGCAUGUUGUGGUGGAGCAGCUCAUCAGUUACUUGGUUCAGGAAGAAAACAGAGUGAAAACAAGGGGUUUUAUCCGUGUCCUGAGUGAGCUGGAGGAAGUGGAUCCCAAAUUACAGAGGUGGAUGAAACACCUUAAUGAUUUGGGGUUUACAGCUACAGUGAACUUUAUCCUUCAGUAUGGACAGUUUUUAAAACAACUUGACUUUUCUAUUUUAUCUGCACUCUGGAAUGAGAAGUACGGUAGUAAAUUUGACUAUGUGUCAAAUAGUUCUGAAAGCAAAGAAAUUCUUGACUAUUUUUUAAAACCACCUCUAGAAAAAGUUCGUUGUUUUAUAUGGCUGUUAGAAGACAACAGAGAAAAUUUUCCAUCUCUUCAUCAAGCUUUAGAUGAAUUCUUUAAUAAAACAGACAACCCUACCAUCAUAUUAAAGAAGCAGGGAAAUGAAGAUAUAUUGACAAAUGGUAUCAAAGGUAAAAACAAAAGCAGAAAGAAGAACUAUAAGGACUCACGGUCUGUUUUAGUAUUAUCCAGUGGAGUUAGUACAGCACCACAAGAAGAAAAUACGUUUAUAGAAGAAAAUGCAUUAGGUUUUACAUAUUAUGAACCAUGUAUAAUCCCAGAAUAUCUUCGGGGGCAACUAGAGGAAUUUGAAGCUGUAUAUGACAUUUCAAACAGUAACAACUGUCAGAGACUGGAUGCUAAUCUAAAUCAAACCUGUGAAAGUUUAUAUGACUAUUUCUCUCAGAUAUUGGAAGAGCAUGGCCCCAUGGAAUUAAAUAAUAAGUUGCUAGUUGGGGAAUAUGAACAUUUCCCUGAAGAAGCUCGAAAGAUUGUUGAAGAUGAGGGUGGUUUGAAAUCUUUUCUUCUGAAAUCCCAUCGUUUCGUUAUGGUGGAUAAUUUUAUAAGCCUAAGGCAUGAUAUUAAAGAAAAUAAAAACAGAGAUGAGACUGAAAAUAAUGAAGAAGGAAAUUAUAUUGUCUGUGAUGCGCAAGAAAAUUCUUUCCAGAACAAGAUACAGUUAAAUCCAGCUGCUAAGGAAUUCAAACCACUGUUUUAUCCUGAGCAACCUCAUAUAUCAACAUCUACUGACAUACCGUUAGAAAGCUGUGAGACUCCACAAUAUUUGCCCUAUUCUUUGCCUACUUCAUGGCAAUCAGUGCUUAGUCAGGAUAUUGAUCCUGUUGAAAAUAUGCCUUAUUUUUCAAAAGUUUUAUUUUAUCGAGAUUUUCAGAAUCAAAGCAGAUUUUUGCCACAGACUUCCUGGGGUUAUCAGUGUGAAAGAACAUCGCCAGUGACUUCUCCAGUGCCUCUCCUGUCAAAUGUUGCCAAGCAACCUGGGUAUAUUUAUGCUGAUGGUGUUACUCAUCAGGAUAAUGAUGAAUUAGCAACUUCAGACAGAAAAUAUGUCAGCAGCAGCUUUAUACCAGCUGAAAUAGAAACGUUCAGAGACCCUCCGUGCCUGGUGGAAAACUCCGAUAGCACAUUUUAUGAAGACAGUUUUGCUGUUGCAAAUAGUACAAAUGAAGCUGAGCGUGAUACACAGGUGAUUAAGAAGGAAAAAGAAAGCAGAGGUAUACCUGUAAUGAAAAACAAUCCACAUACAAGGAUGGUAGCUGUUCAGGUGAAUAAUGAAGUAACUGAUAGGGAAACUAAUACUUUGCCUUUUCAUCCAUUUGAGAAGCAACAAGGAGAUAUUCUACGUAUGGAAAAAGAGCAUCAAGUAUUAAAAGAACAACUUAAAGAAGCACAGGAAAAAUACGAACAAUUACAAAACCGGAGCUCAGAAGAAAUCAGUGUUUUAGAAGAGCUGAUAAAGAAGACUGUUCAAGAGAGAGGGAUAUUUAAGAAAGAAGUGGAGUGGCUUCAUCAAGCUUUAGAAAUAAAAGUAAAAAAAUGGCAACAGGAGAAAAAGGAAAGUCAAGAGAACUUAAAAGCAAUGAGGAACACAGCCAAAAAGCAUGUGGAUACCAAUGAUAGGUAUUCAAAGACCAUUGAUGAGAAGGAGAAGCAGUAUAACACAUGUUUGAAUACAUAUCUUGAGACCAGUAAUAAAUUUGCUAAUAAGAAAGUAAAACUGGAAGAACUUAUUAAGAAGAGUCAAGAUGACUUCAAGGAGCAUGAGAAAAGAGCUGUUAAAGCAGAGGUAUCAGUACUCAAAAACUGGAAAGAAAGUGAAUUAUACAAACUGAAUGGUAUAGUUUCCAAAGCAGAAGCAAAUCUCAAGAUGUUGAAGUCACUAAGCAGCAGCUCAGCUUCAUCACUUCCUGACUUAAAGUCACAGAUUAAUUAUUGGGAAGUAUUUAUUUCAAAUAUAAAGAAACAAAUGGAGAAAGUAAAGGUUGGGUAUGAAGAAAAAAUUGAGAAGGUGAAAAAUGGUGUUCGAAACUGCCUCACCAAAAUAGAAACUGUGGAUCUUUCAUCUCUUCCCAGUGUCUUAAGAAAGCAAAGCAAACCUGCUGUCGGUGAUCCAGCCCUUGUCCCGUACUCUUCUGCAUCUGCACACCCUAAUUUACUUCCUGCAGUUUCAAGCUCUGAAGAUCAAGGUCCAACAACUGCUUCACUUAAUACCCAGGCUGGAGUGAAGCCUGCAAAUGCAAAUUCUAAGGUUUGCUCUGCAAGUGAUGGAUCAGUGAAAACAAACACCAAAGCUUGGAUGGGAUCAUAUGCUGAUAAAGUUUCGCUAACUUCUAUGUCAAAGUUUUCAGGAAUCAAUACUCAGAACAUACAGCCAAACCAAACCGACCAAGACGAUUCAGCUACACAGAUGAAGCCCUCUUCAAACAACACAUCUGAAAAUAUUAUUGCUCAUCUACAAACUAUAUUUCCGGGCUACAGCAGUUCAGAGUUUGCGAGGUUCAUAAAAGAUGUACAAAGAAGAAGUGGAAAUACAUUAAGUUUGAGCUCCACUGAAAUUCUAAGCAGAGUGACAGAUCUCAUUCUGGACCAGCAAAAUGAGGCAUCAACUUCUGUAGGGAGACCUCUGAAGUCAACAUCAUCUGCUUCUGCAGGACAGACAGGAACUCAGAGUCAAGUAGCAGCUGCAGAAGGAAAUGUUUCCAGUGCACCCCAAGCAAGGCCUGCACACAAAAGCACCUCAAGUAAAAACAUGCUGCCAUCUCAGCCAAAUCUCCAGCCGUGGGGGAAUGCUGGAGCAACACCAAAAGCUAAAUGGAAAAAACUAGACUAUAUACCUUCCAGCGAUGAUCCAUGCAUCAUAUGCCAUGAUGAGUUAAGCAGAGACUCAUGUGAACUGGAAUGUGGGCAUCAUUUUCACAGAGAAUGCAUUAGAAAAUGGCUUAAGGAACAUUCGAGUACCUGCCCUAUCUGUCGCAUCCACGUUCUGUUACCUGAAGACUUUCCUGAGCUCCCUGCACGCAACAAACAUGCCUAAACCUUGUUUUGUGACACUCAUUAAGAUGUGGAGUGGCUGCAGAUAAAUAACCAUCCCAACAUGGCGUGGAGACAUGAUGCCUAAGAUGAGGUGGAACCCUGGUUUUAGUGGAAAUGAUAGCAGAAUUUGUUGUAAUGCAGUAUUUAACACUGAGCUGUAAGACACAGGUAUUGCUGUGGCACUUACUGAAUGAAGACAGCGUACUCCUUAAAUCAGUGCUUCUCCUGGUUGCUGCCUUCAUGUACCUCAUGUAGUUCUGAGGCCAGGACCAUGCUGGUGGGGUUCUUGCUUAGGGGAGUUUCAGUCCUUAAUCUGUUUUUCUCAAAGGCUGCUUCUGUAUGUGCACAGUACCUCUAAAAAGGGGGUUUUCUUUAGAGCUGAUACUACACCGAAAAUAAAUAAAGGUGGGUCGAACAAUAGACUGGCAGAAUUUGGAAUAACCAAGCCAUCACCUUCCCUGUAUAAACAAUUGCAGGAUUCCAAUUGAGUUUCUUUAGAUCAUUAUGAAUAUCAUUCGUGUAAUUGCAAGCCUUUUCUCCAUGUAAAUCUGGAACUGAUAAUUCAAAUUGUUUAAAUGAUAACUCUUAGCUAUACUUUGAAGCACUAAAUAUUCUGAGUAUUCUUCUGUUCAUACAUUGAUUUUAGAAUACUGUGAUUCAAUUCUGUAAUGUAAAAAUACCUUAAAUUUCUCUCCUUGAUGGGCUGAUCUGUUUGAAUUGGCACUAAAGGAUUUUUAUUCUUGGUGAAGCAAUAUAAUGCAGCGUUCUGUGCACAAAUGCCAGUUUAUCAGCAGUGUGAGGUACAUGGUACAACCAGCUGAAGGAGUGGCUGUCCUACUGCUUGAGAAGUCUGAGCGUGCCAUGAGUGCCUUCUGCCUUGUAAAAUUUGUUUCAGACAGCCAGAGAUCCAGGUAUGCCGCAUGGUGUAAACACCCUCAAAAUGUGGUGAGUCUGACCAUUGUUUGGGCACAAGCCGUGUUCAGCUAUUUAGGUUAUGGCUUAAUGGAUCGUUUGUUUCCCCAGGUCAGUAAGUAUACAGUUGAAGUUUCAAAGCAUCCUUUGAUAAGUCAGUAUGUUUAGUGAAACUUGGGUCAAAAAUAAAAUUACUUCUGUAGCCUC